AUGGCCACCCCGAUCGAAGUGGCGCGCGUCCGCGCCGCCGCCAAAGACGGCCGCAUGGCCAACGUCCGAUUCCAGCAAGCGCAACUAGCCGCUCUACAUGACAGUCUCGGCGCCCACCGCGCUGACAUCCUGGCGGCCGUUGUGGCGGAUAAUCCCCGAGUGAAUCCCACCGAGGCCGAAGUCGAGUUUGCAUCGGCGCUUCUGGAUGUGCGACAUGCCUACACGAGUCUCGAUUUAAGCACCGCUCUGGCAACCGAGUAUCGGAUCGCGCGUGGGGAGUCCUCGCCCGCGCGGCGGGUAGGGUUCGGGGUUGUCGCGCUGCGGCCGACCGAGCACUCGCGGCUAUUUUCGAUUUUCUCGGUGGUCGCAUGCGCGCUUGCGGCGGGGAAUACGGUUGUCGUGCAGGACGACACGACAAAAGCCGUGGACCGACUUCUCCCCACAAUUCUCCGCGUGCUUGACUCAGAGAUCUAUGCCCUGGUGGACGACCUUGACAGUCACAGAAAGGUGCUCUCCACAGCGCUGAUGGUUGACCAAACCGGCCAACUGGCAGACGGCCCAUGCAUCCGCGCGAGAACCGACCUGCCGUGCGCCGCCCUUGUCGAUCGCACCGCGGAUGCGGACUACGCUGCCCGACAGAUCUGCGCUGCGCGUGCGGCCUAUGGGGGCGGCUCGCCCCACCACCCGCGCAUUGUCGUGGUCAAUGAAUGGGUGAAGCAGCCGUUUGUGGAAGCACUUCUGCGACAUUCGAGUUCUGGACGUGAUGUAUCCAGAAAGGAAAUCGCAGGGAAGGGAAAGCAGGUCGACAUGUGGAUGGAAGAGGCGGAGCGGAAGGGAGAGAUCAACACCAUACACGGCGAAGGUUUGACGGUGCUUGAUAUUAAAGCCGGAACACAUACCUCGCAGCGAUUGAUGCAGGAGGGUGGUGGAUCACCUCACUUGCUGCUGUUCACGGUGACCGGUCUGGUAGACGCCGUACUUACAUUGGACCACAGGGAACUGCUGGUGGCAUAUCUAUUCUCCACGCCCGACGUGGCCAAAUACUGGAGCCAGCAGAUCAACAGCCACGCCACGUUCGCUAACCACAUUCCCCAAUCCAUGCUACUCGGACCCGCACUAGCCACAGACCAGAGCAUAAUCCCCGUCGACAGGCGCUAUACAACGUGGAUGCUCUCGCGCCCGCGCCCGGAGAUGAUCACCACGAUCCAGGCGGGAGAGAGUGAGCUGAGAAAAGGGCACUUGCUUGCGGCGCUGAGUAAGAAUGUAAACCAGCCGCUCCCCAAGACCGGGCAGGGGCCUGGGACUUCGAUGGGCUUCUUCGAGCAGGGUAUUGUGGUGGGGUUUGUCUUCAUUGUUAUACCGGUCGUAUCGGUGACGGGGUUCUCAGUGUGGACGUUGUUGACAAAGGGGAUCUUCUAA